AUGACUUCUACUAAAAGCUGUAAUGCAAAUCCACCAAUCAAACGGAUUGAAUUCAACAUUAGUUGUCAAUACCGGAUGAACAAGGUUCUUGGUGAAGGUGCUUAUGGUGUUGUUUGCUCUGCUGUUCAUCAACCAAGUGGAAUUUUGGUUGCAAUUAAAAAAGUUGAACCAUUUCAUAAUCAAUUAUUUUGUAAAAGGACUCUGAGAGAAAUUAAGUUAUUAAAUCAUUUUAGAGGACAUUCAAAUAUAAUUGGAUUACAUUGUGUACAAAAACCUUCAAGUUUUGAAACUUUUAAUGAAGUUUAUCUAAUUGAAGAAUUUAUGCCCAGUGAUUUACAUCAAAUUAUUCAUACUCAAUACUUACAAGAUGAUCAUUUACAAUAUUUCAUUUAUCAAAUAUUAAGAGGUUUAAAAUAUAUUCAUAGUGCUAAUGUUAUUCAUCGAGACUUAAAACCAUCAAAUUUAUUAAUAAAUGAAAAUUGUGAUUUGAAAAUAUGUGAUUUUGGUUUAGCUAGAGUUGAUACUUUAAAAAAAACUAAUGAUUUAUAUAAUAAAGAUCCUGGUAUAUUAACUGAAUAUGUUGCAACUAGAUGGUAUAGAGCACCUGAAAUCAUGUUAACCCCUUCUCAAUAUUCAACAGCAGUUGAUAUUUGGUCAGUUGGUUGUAUUUUAGCAGAAUUAUUAAUUUGUACUCCUUUAUUCCCCGGUAGAGAUUAUACAAGUCAAUUACUUUUGAUUUUUCAAUUAUUAGGCACUCCUAAAGAUGAAGAUUUUAAUUGUAUUAAAUCUAAAAGAGCUAGAGAGUAUAUAAGCACUCUUGAAUUUUUUUACCCAGUUGAUUUUGAUGUUUUUUUCAAUAAACAUUAUAAUCGUUUUAAAAAAUACGGUAAUGAACGAAUUAACCCUUUAGCAAUUGACCUAUUGAAAAAAUUAUUAGUUUUUGACCAAAAUAAGAGAAUUACUGCAGAAAAAGCUUUACAACAUCCUUAUUUAGCAAUGUAUCAUGAUCCAAGUGAUGAACCUACUAUAACUCCCAUUGAAUUGGAAGAGUUUCUCAUCUCAAAGAAUGAAAACCCUAAUUUAAACGAUUUAAAAAUUGAAUUAUUCGAACAGGUAAUGAAUCUAAAAUAA